UGGCAGCGAAAUGGGGAGAGCUUAAUCAGGACUCACACAACAGUAAUGAAUGGAAAAGCGAAGAAGCCAGCAAAGUUCAGAAAGUAGCUGUGCGGUCGGUUAAAAUGAUUUCAUCGGACCGAGGAUUUUCAGCGCGAGAUGUAGGGGCCCGGAGAAGUUACUCAAGAAUAAAAACCUACUAAACGCGUAUUCUUACGUUUGAAAUACAAGUAGGCUACGCGUAGCGUAUGUAGUAACAAAGGUUUACUAUAUUGAUGCAAUAUGGGACUGAUGUGGCUAACGUUAACGAUUUCUGACUGAUCCAGGAAUGCGAAGUCCGGACGGAAAGGAAAUACCCAUCCGCUGAAUCGGAAUUGCAUUUACUGGUGAUUACUUGGGUAAAUUACACAUUUGUUCGGAGGAAACGUAGGCAGUUGAAACGAAGUAAAGGACUUUCUUUUCAAAGUAUACAUAUUGUUUUUUCUUAACCAUGGGGAAUAUUGAGAGUGUGGACGGACAAUCAGAAAUGAAGACUCAUAUAAUGCCAUUAAAGGUCCCCAUGCCAGACCCCAUUGAACUGGAAGAGAGAUUUGCAAUAGUUUUGAACUCGAUGAACCUCCCCCCCGACAAGGCCCGCCUCCUACGCCAGUAUGACAGCGAGAAGAAGUGGGACCUGAUCUGUGACCAGGAAAGGUUUCAGGUGAAGAACCCGCCCCACACUUACAUCCACAAACUGCGGGGCUACCUGGACCAAGGCGUCACUCGAAAGAAAUUUCGCCGGCGGGUUCAGGAGUCGACCAAGGUGCUGCGGGAGCUGGAGAUAUCGCUGCGGACCAAUCACAUCGGGUGGGUUCGGGAGUUCCUCAACGAUGAGAACAGGGGGCUGGAUGUGCUGGUGGAGUACCUGUCUUUCGCCCAGUGCGCCGUCAUGUUGGAUUUUGAGGGGCUGGAGAAGGGUGAGGAGGGCUUUCUGGAGAGGGCCAAGUCCUGGAGCAGAUCCAUGGAGGAUCUGCACCAGAGUGAAGGCCAGGCCUUCUGCAACACGCUCACCCGCUCCGCCCACCAGUCCAUGCUCCGGUAUAGCACGAUGACCAACAGCAAGGCCAUCAAGAACGCCCGGCUGAUCAGCCAGAAGGAUGAUGUACACGUGUGCAUCAUGUGCUUACGGGCCAUCAUGAACUACCAGUACGGAUUCAACCUGGUCAUGUCCCACGCCCACGCCGUCAACGAGAUCGCCCUCAGCCUGAACAACAAGAGCUCCAGGACGAAAGCUCUGGUGCUGGAGCUGCUGGCUGCAGUGUGUCUGGUCAGGGGGGGACACGAGAUCAUUCUGUCUGCGUUCGACAACUUCAAAGAGGUGUGCAAGGAGAAGCAUCGCUUUGAGAAGCUGAUGGAGUACUUUCGCUGUGAGGAUGGGAAUAUUGACUUCAUGGUUGCCUGCAUGCAGUUCAUCAAUAUCGUCGUCCAUUCGGUGGAGGACAUGAACUUUCGAGUCCACCUCCAAUACGAGUUCACCAAGCUGGGCUUAGACGACUUCCUGGAGAAAUCCAGACAUACAGAGAGCGACAAGCUCCAGGUGCAGAUCCAGGCGUACCUGGACAACGUGUUCGACGUGGGGGGCCUGCUGGAGGACGCGGAGACCAAGAACGUGGCCCUGGAGAAGGUGGAGGAGCUGGAGGAGCACCUCUCCCAUCUGACAGAGAAGUUGCUGGACUUGGAGAAUGAAUCCGUCAUGAAGGUGGCUGACCUGGAAAAGAUGCUCCUGCGUAAGGACAAGGAACUGAUCGCUGUCAAGGAGACGUACGAGUCGACCAGCACGCAGGUGCAGACGCUGCGGCGGGUGAUCAGGGAGAAGGACGCGGCCUUCCAGCGGCAGCGCGGCAUCGAGCGGCGGCUGCAGGAGCUGGAGCAGCAGGGCUCCAUCCGCCUGAGCAAGCGGCCCGACGGGGACAUCGCCAUCGAGGCCCUGGGCGCCGGGGGCGGGGUCCCGGGCGCCGCCGGGGAGCCCCUUGGCGGCGCGGGGCAGCCGGCUUUGGCGCCCGGAGCUGUCGCCGACCCCUCCGUCGCCGCCCCCGAACCCCCGGCGCCGCCCCCGCCUCCGCCCCCACCGCCCCCUCCUCCCCUGCCCUCAGCCUCAGGGGACUUCAUACCAAUUCCACCCCCUCCUCCUUUGGCCCCGCCUUUGCCAGGGAUGCUGCCGUCCGUCAUCCUCAGCGUCGGCCUAUCGGCCAUCAGGAUAAAGAAGCCCAUCAAGACCAAAUUCCGCCUGCCGGUGUUGAACUGGACCGCACUUAAACCCAACCAGAUCAACGGCACCGUCUUCACCGAGAUCGACGACGAGCGCGUUCUGGAGGAGCUGGACCUGGAUAAGUUUGAGGAGCUGUUUAAGACGCGAGCCCAGGGGCCCGUGAUCGACCUCUCGGGCCCCAAGACCAAAGUGUCCCAGAAGGCGGCGAACAAGGUGACCCUGCUGGACGCCAACCGCUCCAAGAACCUGGCCAUCACGCUCCGCAAGGCCAACAAGAGCAGCGAGGAGAUCUGCAGGGCCAUCCAGACGUUCGACCUGAAGGCGCUGCCGGUGGACUUUGUGGAGUGCCUGAUGCGCUUCCUGCCCACGGAGGCGGAGAGCAAGCUGCUGCGGGGGUACGAGCGGGAGCGGCGGCCGCUGGACCAGCUGGCCGAGGAGGACCGCUUCAUGCUGCUCUUCAGCAAGAUCGAGCGCCUCACCCAGCGCAUGAGCAUCAUCACCUUCGUGGGCAACUUCACCGACAACGUCGGCAUGCUCACGCCUCAACUGAACGCCAUUAUCGCUGCCUCAGCCUCAGUCAAGUCCUCCCCCAAACUGAAGAGAGUGCUGGAGAUCAUUUUAGCCCUGGGGAAUUACAUGAACAGCAGCAGAAGAGGGUCCGUUUAUGGGUUUAAACUACAGAGCCUGGAUCUGCUGCUGGACACCAAGUCGACAGACAGGAAGAUGACACUCUUGCACUACAUCGCCCUCAUCGUCAAGGAGAAGUACUCCGAUCUGGCCAACUUCUACAACGAGCUGCACUUUGUGGACAAGGCUGCUGCAGUGUCCCUGGAGAACGUGCUGUUGGACGUUCGGGAGCUGGGGAAGGGGAUGGAUCUGAUCCGGAAGGAGUGCAGCCUGCAUGACCACCCCGUGCUCAAAGGCUUCCUCCACUCCAGCGACCCCCAGCUGGACAAACUGCAGAAGGAUGCCAAGACCGCUGAGGAGGCUUUCAACGAUGUGGUCAACUACUUCGGCGAGAGCGCCAAGACCACGCCUCCCUCGGUGUUCUUCCCGGUGUUUGUGCGCUUCCUCAGGGCUUACAAGGAAGCAGUGGAGGAUAAUGAACAGAAGAAGAAGCAGGAGGAGGCCAUGAGGGAGAAACUCCUCGCUCAGGAGGCCAAGCAGCAAGACCCCAAGGUGCAGGCACAGAAGAAGAGGCAGCAGCAGCAGGAGCUGAUCCUGGAACUGCGCAAGCGGCAGGCCAAGGACCACCGGCCCGUGUACGAGGGCAAGGACGGCACCAUUGAGGACAUCAUCACAGUUCUGAAGAGCGUGCCCUUCACGGCUCGCACCGCCAAGCGAGGGUCCCGUUUCUUCUGUGAGACCAACCUCUGCGACGAGUCCAACUGCUAGCUCCGCCCCCCCCCCCGUUCCUUCUCCCGGCCCCCCCCAAGAUCUCCGAAGCCAGCCCUUCCUGCGAGCUGACGCACUGAUCCGCAACGGGUGGAAACGGCUCUAACACGCCCCUCCACUGACCUCUUCCCAAACCCCGCCCCCUGCCAUCGCACCCCUGGCGCCGCCCCCCCCCCCCAAACCCCGCCCCCGGGCACCGCCCCCCACCCCAAACCCCGCCCUCUCAGGUCACGGUGACUAAACAGACAGCACAUUGGAACUGUAAAAUGGGUUGCCUCUGUUAACGUUAGUAUUUAUUUGUGGAGGCUGUUGGACUUGGGAAGGAAGGUUUCCCCGACUCACCUGGUGGAGUCGUAGACCUGUUCAUCCCAAACGAGGGCAAGGGAGAACGCCUCAGAUUACUGAGAUCACUUCACACACACGCUCACACCCACACACACACACACACACUCUCACACACACACACGCUCAUGCACACACUCUCACACAAGCCCACGUGGGUAACGCUCACACACACACUCCGAUACCAGCGCACACACUCACACAUACACACUCAUACAAGCUCACACACACAUACGUUCACACACACACACACACAUGGUCAUACAAGCACACACACUCACACUUAGGCUCCAGGUGGAGGGCUAUACUUUACUGUAUGAAAGUUACAGAUUUUUGCAUUCCAAAAAGUGCCUGCCUGCUAAAGUGGGUCUCCUUCAAGACACACCCUGCAUACUGAGGUCUCCUUAUGGACACGCCCUACAGACUGAGGUCUCCUUAUGGACAUGCCCUGCAUACUGAGGUCUCCUUAUGGGCACGCCCUGCAGACUGAGGUCUCCUUAUGGGCACGCCCUGCAGACUGAGAUCUCCUUAUGGACAUGCCCUACAGACUGAGAUCUCUUUAUGGACACGCCCUACAGACUGAGAUCUCCUUAUGGACACACCCUACAGACUGAGAUCUCCUUAUGGACACACCCUCAGACUGGUCUCCUUAUGGACACGCCCUGCAGACUGAGAUCUCCUUAUGGGCAUGCCCUGCAGACUGAGAUCUCCUUAUGGACACACCCUGCAGACUGAGAUCUCCUUAUGGACACACCCUGCAGACUGAGGUCUCCUUAUGGACACACCCUGCAGACUGAGAUCUCCUUAUGGACACGCCCUGCAGACUGAGAUCUCCUUAUGGACACGCCCUGCAGGCUGAGAUCUCCUUAUGGACACGCCCUCAGACUGGUCUCCUUAUGGACACGUUCUGCAGACUGAGAUCUCCUUAUGGACACGCCCUGCAGACUGAUCUCCUUAUGGACACACCCUGCAGACUGAGAUCUCCUUAUGGACACGCCCUGCAGACUGAUCUCCUUAUGGACACGCUCCAGACAGGGCUUUAUGUUCUUGUUAACAGGGACCAUCUCUGCUGUGGAGGACUCUGGUUUGGUCCAGAAAGGUGGUAAAAUGCGGUCAGAUUGUGGUCGACUACAGAAGUUUUUUUAAACAUUUUUAAAAAUACCUUUUUACAGACAGGCUAGGCAUACCAAACAUUUGUUCUUUUGAAUUUUUUUUUGAUGGUGUUUUUAUUCUGUUUUAAAGUGCCUUUCUGUUGUGACAGUAUUACUUUUUAAAACGUAUCUUUUUUUACGAUUUUGUCAAGAUAUUUUUGUAUGUUUUUUGUUUCAUUGUUUAGUAACUUUACCCAAAAUGUUAAAUAUUGCAAAAAAAAAUGAAUAUGCAAGCUUUUUUUUUAUUUUAAAUGAAAUCAUGUCCUUUGACAGAUAAAAACCGCUGCAUAUAAGCCAGCAUUUGGAAGGGCUGUUUAAAAAAUGAUCCAUUUCAACGGAAGCACGUUCAAUCCCACAAUCCCUCACAGAUCCUCUUCAUUCAGACGCUACUCGGACAGAGCGGCCCACAGAAUGUCUUCACUCUCGGUGGUUUUGUUGGGAAAUGGGUGUUGGUGCACCGGUGCCCUGCAGAGUUCUGUAUUAGCGUUGCUUUUCCAGGGAAAAAAAAGGCCCUUCAACGUGGCUGAGAUUUCUUAACCGACAGGGCACCGUUUGUCACUGAAUUCAAUUUCUUUCUGAUUUGAACAUGUGGAAAUGUUUUUGGGGUGAAGUGCUGUGAGUCAAACAGAAUGGAAUGGAAAAGGUUUUGGGGUGACGUUGUGAGCCAAGUGGAAUAGAGCGUGAAGGUUUUGGGUUGAAGUGCUGCAAAUCAAACAGAACGGAGUGUAAAGGUUUUGGGGUGAAGUGUGAUGUCACUCACUUAGAAGGCUGUGAGAUGUUACUCAGUUAGGCUGCCAUGCUGCAUAAGCUCACAUUGUUACCGUUCAGGUGAAGGAAUAUUUUUUUGAAUGUUGUCUACGAUUUUGACUCACUAAAAAAAAUAUAUAUAUAUUUUUUUUUUCCCUUAAAAUAGCCAUCGAGUAAGCGUAAGAUUGUGUUUCACAUCACUAUGAGGAAUCAGCUGUGUGGUGCAGUAGUGUUCACCAUGGCAGACUGCGGUUUCACCGUUCUCCCAUUGCCUUAAAGUUGAGUGGGACUACCAGACACUACUUCUAUAGACCACAGGUGUCAAACUCCAGUUCUAGAGGGCCGCAGUGUCUGCUGGUUUUUUGGGGUGUUCUCGACCCCAAGCGUUUCGUUUAAGUCGUUGAUCUGCUAAGGAAUCCACACACCUUUCUUGUUCUCACGGCCUUAAUUGGCGGCUGAUUGAAAGGAAACUACAAAUACCAGCAGACACUGCGGCCGUCCUUGGGAUUCAGUUUGACACCCCUGCUAUAGACAUUACAUUUAUAUCUCUUGAAAAUCAGCGCAAUCAAUUGUCAUUUUUUGUUGACAAAGAAAGUGACAAACAAAUACUGCCCAAAAAGUUUGUGUACGUUGUCAGAAAGCUGACCCCUCCCCCACAAAUAAAAGACAGGAAUACAAAAUGAGCCAGCGGAUGUGUCUCUUGCCUCGUUUCAUUUAUCCUGUAAGCCCGUUACUCAAAUCACGGUCCUAGAGGGAUGAGGACUGCUUGUUUUCCAGCCUCCCUUUACCUGGCAGUCAGGUGUUAAGACAUUCUGGCCAAUCAGCUGCGCUCUGUUAGUUGCCUGAGCGAAAAGAAAACCUGGUCCGGAUUUCAGUGUGAAGGCCUGAUGUGAGUAUCCGUGCUGAAAGACUCCUCUGGUCCAGUUGCAAUUACCCCCAUAUUGUUCAACCUUCAUCCUCCUGACUGCAAUCACACCUUUAUCCAGCACCUGCGACUGGCUGCUAUACAGUACCUGUGUAGAAUGGUAAGCACAUGGAAACAUCUAGAAAUUGUGCCGUUGAUUUUCUGAUCAACAGAUGUAGCCGUUGAGUAAAGUAUGAAUAAUGUUCACACUGUUAUCAAGGAUCUGUUAACCAGACAAAGGUUAAAUUAUUGUACUUAUUUGAUACACACUAAAUCGUUACAUAAAAUACACAACAUCGCCAAAAGUAUGUGGACACCUGACAUCCAACAUCUCAUCCAAAAUUAUGGGUAUUAAUGUGGAGUUGGUCCACCGUUUGCUCCUAUAACAACCUCCACUCUUCUGGGAAGGCUUUAUACUAGAUGUUGCAGCGUUGCUGCAGGUAUUUGCUUCCAUUCAGCCAGAAGAUCAUUAGUGAGGUCGGGAACUGAUUGGGUGAUUAGGCCUGGCUCCCAGUUGGCUUUCCAAUCGAUCCCAAAGGUGUUGGACGGGGUUGUGGUCAGGGCUCUGUACAGGCCAGUCAAAUUCUUCUGCACUAUUGUCAGCAAAACCAUUUGACCUUGCUAUGUGCUUGGGGGCAUUGUCAUGCUGAAACAGGAAAAACAGCCACAGGUGCCAAUUAACUCCUAAUUAUGACAAUCGGCCAAUCAGAAGCUUCUAAAAUGUCAUUGCAUCAGUUUCUGGAAUCUUCCAGACUAUUUAAAAAGACAGUCAACUUGGUGUAUGUAAACUUUUGACCCACUGGAAUUCUGAUAUAAUGAUUUAAAGCUGAAAUCUCUAAUCGAUUGAUUUAAAAUUACCUCUGAUGUGGACAAGGUAGAUGCUCUAAUUGACUUGCCAAAAGAAAUGUAUGGUAACAUGAAAUGUGCAGAGUUGUGAAAAACUAAGUUUGAAUAUCUUUAGCCUAGGUGUAUAUAAACUUUUGGCCUCAACUGUAGAAUGCUCAACAAUGGAACAAGCUGGCAAUCACUGCCAAGUGCCUGUUCCUGUUUGCCUCCACAGGGGAAAAAAAGGAUUAACAGAAUAUCCACUGGGACUGGGAGUCUGCCCUAGUAGGACUGAUCCAGCAGGGCAGGGCUGUGACUGGGAGUCUGCCCUAGUAGGACUGAUCCAGCAGGGCAGGGCUGUGACUGGGAGUCUGCCCUAGUAGGACUGAUCCAGCAGGGCUGUGACUGGGAGUCUGCCCUAGUAGGACUGAUCCAGCAGGGCUGUGACUGGGAGUCUGCCCUAGUAGGACUGAUCCAGCAGGGCUGUGACUGGGAGUCUGCCCUAGUAGGACUGAUCCAGCAGGGCUGUGACUGGGAGUCUGCCCUAGUAGGACUGAUCCAGCAGGGCAGGACAGUGACUGGGAGUCUGCCCUAGUAGGACUGAUCCAGCAGGACAGUGACUGGGAGUCUGCCCUAGUAGGACUCAUCCAGCAGGACAGGACAGUGACUGGGAGUCUACCCUAGUAGGACUCAUCCAGCAGGGCAGGGCUGGGACUGGGAGUCUACCCUAGUAGGACUCAUCCAGCAGGGCAGGGCUGUGACUGGGAGUCUGCCCUAGUAAGACUCAUCCAGCAGGGCUGUGACUGGGAGUCUGCCCUAGUAGGACUGAUCCAGCAGGGCUGUGACUGGGAGUCUGCCCUAGUAGGACUGAUCCAGCAGGGCUGUGACUGGGAGUCUGCCCUAGUAGGACUGAUCCAGCAGGGCUGUGACUGGGAGUCUGCCCUAGUAGGACUGAUCCAGCAGGGCUGUGACUGGGAGUCUGCCCUAGUAGGACUGAUCCAGCAGGGCAGGACAGUGACUGGGAGUCUGCCCUAGUAGGACUCACCGGGUUCAUCUGGCAGUGCUAGUUUGCGUUUUAGACGGAUUUCCUCAAGGUAACGCACGUCAAAGCCACCUAGCGAAACAUCUACAGGUUACUGCAGGCUCGUUUCUCAAUGUCUGUAGACCCCGAUGAGGCUGGCAGCCCAACACUACUCGAGAUUCCAAAUGGGAAUUUACACACCCCCCCCCCCCCAACAUCUGCGCAUUAAAUCAACUUCAUUGGAGUCCCGAUUACUGCAAUAAUAACUCAUGAAAAUAAUAUUUUACAUUUUAUGCCAAAGAUUUAUUGAAAAUAGUUAAUGGAAGCUUAUUUAAGCAGCAGCCUGGAUUUUCCCUGUAAAGGAAAAGGUUUGUACUAAAAUAUAUUUUUUGGAGUCCACAAUAGCUACAUAAAAAAUAGCUGUAUGGAAAUGGAAAUGUUUUGAUGCAUCAGCAUUGCUCCUGUGAAGUGCAAAAUAUGCCUAUUCUUAAAAUGGGAGUAUACAUUGUUUUAAUCAAUAAAACUUAUCACAAUAUGUAAAGUGGUUUGGACACAGAAGAAACCACAAGUGUAGUUUGUGAAAAGGACAGAAUGUAUGAGACUCUCCUAAUGAUGUUUUUGUACUGACGAAGGGAUCAUUGUUUUGUGCAGAAAGCUACAAGUCUAGAUUCAUUUAAAAUCUUGAUUGGUUAAUGUGGAUUCAAAUUCAACUAAUUUUUAGUGGUUCAACAGCUUUGGGGCCAGACAGAAAUAAAUGAACACCUAGACAGACAAAUCUGUUUGGAUAACUAAGAUGAUAAAAAAUGUUUUGGUUGAACACCUUAAAUACUUUUUUUCCUAAGCACAACCCAUUUCUUAAUUUCUUUCAAAAAUAACUUAGCUGUUAACUCACACAUUUGACAUACCAGGACAUGUUAAAUUUACACAAGCUAAACUGAUCUCAACGCAAACCUUAAAUCCUAAUUAUCAACUCGGCCUAAUUAUCAACUCGGAAAAACCAGCUCGCAAUCCUGUGUACAGAGCUAGAACAUAGGCGUCAUCACACAGGAAAACACAGAACCCAGAGUCAACAUACAUGCAGAAACAAACUGGAAAUCCAUUUUCAGUUUUUAGGUUUUUUUUUAUUUUUAUUUAUAACAAUAUUUGUUACUUACUUUGUAAAGUACUCCAGCAAAAAAAACAAAAACCAAAAAUUAAAACAUCUUUCCAAAACGUUUGAGCCGACAUGCAUUUCUACUAUAAAAAGCUAUUCUGUAAAACUGUAUUUUAAAAAAUCAAAAUAAUUCUAAUAAAAAUGCAUGUAGGAUUUUUUUGCAAAAGUGUAUUUCAAAAGUAACAUGAUUGUACUAUUGUUUUUAUAAAAACAAAUUUUUAAAAAUAAAAAGCUGAAACAAAGUGAACCACACUGCAUGAAUACUGUUACGUUGUAUUGGGUAAGCAGAACUGAUUUACUUUUCUAUAUUUUUAGUCUUACAUGCAUUAAAUUAUGGCUGAUCGACUCCGUUAGAAGCAGCAAGUCGACUGCCCCUGAGAGCGGCCAAGGUGGGGAACGCAUCAGGCAGACAGACGUUAGCGUUAGCAGCAGGGCUACAGGGGGGAGAACAAAUCAGGGAAACGAUGAGCCGUCGGUUAAUAGGCACGUUUAAAAAAAACCCCCAGGACUGCACUUAAAAUGAGAGUCCAAAAAUACGUGGAGACACUGUUUAAAAACAUUAAAAUUCACACCGAUUUACCCUAAUCAGCUUUUACUUUGGGGGG